AUGCCUUAUUUCAAAGCUAAGGAAACUGUUGGAGGUGGUGGAGGACAAAGGAAACUGGAAACUAUUCCACCUGGUCCAGAUGGCUAUUCCAUUCCUUACCUGAGAUGCACAGUGUGUGUUGGUCAAGCAGUCACCUAUGUAAGACCUUUGCAACAGGAAUUAGACCUCAGCCCACAAUCCACCAGUCUGUUUGUAGGAGACAAGGAUUACCCGACUGUUGAAUGCAUGUCAUGUGGCCAGAAAGUGAAUUAUGGUCACCUUAGGGUCCAUAAGGAGAAGGAGUGCAAAGAAUCUACACUUAAGGAUUGUGGUGAUGAACUGUCAGAUCCUUUUUUUCAAGCAGGCCCAUUUCAUAUUGAUUUAACUUCUGCAAUGAGAAGAUUGGUGCUGAAGGACAAACUGCAUCUGUUGACACCAAAGCCAGUUAUAGAUUCGUACAGUGUACAGAAGUUAUUCAAGGACUAUGCAGACAGUUUUGUUGAUCUAACAAUCCCAACAAACACAAUACAUGUAAAUUGUGAUGAAGACAUGUUCACCCAGGCCAGAUUGAUCUACAAAAGAAUGGAUAAGAACAAAUUAAAAGCAGUCCCAAAUGUAGUUUUUGAAGGUAAUUAUAUCAGUGAAUUGGGAAGUGAUGCUGGUGGCCCAAGCCGUGAGUUCUUUUUUCUUGCUUUGACUUCCUGCAUGCAGGAAAUGCAAAGUGGUGGUAGUAUGUUUUUUACAGGCACAGCGAAUCACCUUGUGCCUGUUCACGACUGGGAUCUGCUUGAGGAUGGAAAUUUUAUUCUGGUUGGAAAGAUCAUUGGUCAUUCUAUGAUACAUGGUGGGACUGGCUUUGUUGGUAUGUCUCAAGGAAUUGUUAAAUAUAUUAAGACAGAAAGUGUGGAUGUAGCAGCUGCUAGUAUCACAACUGAAGAUGUUCCUGAUUCUGAUGUUCAAGCUCAAGUUGGAAAAAUAAUAGAUACACCCGAUGACGGACUCUCCAAACUAUGGAUGAAUGACAGUCUAUUGAUAGACACAUUACAGCAGGCUGGUGUCCAGAAACUGGAAGCAAAGAACAAGGAAAAGGCAGAUCAACAAAUCCUAUUGCACCAAGUUCUUCUGAAACGGAAGUACGAAGUAGAUGAUAUAAUCAAGGGGUUGAAAACCUUGUCGUUAACGGAAUUCCUUAAAAGGCAUCCAUGUGUUUCUCCAUUGUAAUUUCCAACGGAGAGUGAUGUUGCGGUACCAACAUCUGUUGUUCUUAACAAGUUAGCUGUUGAUGUUGAUGAGCCACAGCCACUUGAACCAAACAAGCUUAGGUCGUAUGGUUUUCUUCAAGACUACAUCAAAGAUUGUGAAGAGAAAAAC